AUGGUCCACCCUUCAUAUGAACCGAUACCGGCCUCCGAAAGCGACGAGAAGCUUUCGUCGAUCCCAGAUGCCCGACAAGCACGCUUGACUCUUGCACGGACGCUACUUCCCUGGCUCGCUCACGUGGUCUUCUUCACCAUAUCGCUUACCACACUCUUCUCAGGACUGUACUUCCACCGCCAAGCAACAAAAUCCUGCAUAGAGAAAGUAUCAGCCUACUCACCCGCCCUAUCAACAGUCGAAUACUACGACACCAGGUACAACGGCUCGCUCGCCUGGCCCUCGCCCUUCCGCGGCGCACCAAGCCCCGAAGUCGACGAAGCAUGGGCUAGAUACACAGAUGUCUCGAUGUUCACCGUAGAUCUCGACACCGUCCUCCGCAUCGGCAAAGACCCCACCCUCGCAAAUCUAUUGCGCAUGUACACCCACCUCGACUACUACUCCGCCCUCGAGCCCGCCUUCUCCGACCCCUGA